GGCAGCGGGGUGCGGUCCCGCCCCCCGGGUGUGCGCGAGGCGGCGGCGCGUGGCAGCGGCGGCUCCCGGGCGCAGAGUCCCGAGCGCAGGCGGCGGCGGCGCCGAGCCCGGCCUGGCCAUGACCGACUUCAAGCUGGGGAUCGUGCGGCUCGGCCGGGUGGCCGGCAAGACAAAGUACACGCUAAUAGAUGAACAAGACAUCCCAUUAGUGGAGAGUUACUCUUUUGAGGCUCGGAUGGAGGUAGAUGCUGAUGGAAAUGGUGCUAAAAUAUUUGCUUAUGCUUUUGACAAAAACAGAGGAAGGGGAUCUGGGCGUCUGCUGCAUGAGCUACUGUGGGAGAGGCACCGGGGAGGGAUUGCCCCAGGAUUUCAAGUGGUGCAUUUGAACUCAGUGACAGUAGACAACCGACUGGACAAUCUGCGUUUAGUCCCGUGGGGAUGGAGACCCAAGGCUGAAGACGUUUCUAGUAAACAAAGGGAACAAAGUCUGUACUGGCUGGCAAUCCAGCAGCUUCCCACUGAUCCAAUAGAAGAGCAGUUUCCUGUGCUGAAUGUAACACGGUAUUACAACGCUAAUGGGGACGUUGUGGAGGAAGAGGAAAACUCAUGCACAUACUAUGAAUGUCACUACCCCCCAUGCACAAUGAUUGAAAAACAGUUACGUGAAUUCAAUAUAUGUGGCCGAUGCCAGGUAGCAAGGUACUGUGGGUCUCAGUGCCAGCAGAAGGACUGGCCUGCUCACAAGAAGCACUGUCGGGAGAAGAAACGAACCUUCCAGCAAGAGCUCGGACCAGAACGAUGACCGGGUGGCACAGGCUCUCAGCAGCAGGAUUCCUUCUCAAAGGCAUUGGACUCUUGCUUUUGCACAGUAAUGACAGACUGCUUAUUGAAGCCAGAGGCACUGAAGAAGACAAACCCUGUGAUGCUUGAGCAGAACAGCUGACUGGACUAAGCCAGCUCUGACUGGUGCUGUGGAAAGGGAUUGGGUCUUCCCUUCCAGUAUUAUAUUCUCAAGCAAAAAGACUACUGUGGAAGCUCCAGGCAGGAAGCUUCUCAUUAUUUAUAUGUUAAUAUGUUUGUAAACUCAUGUACAGUUUUUUGUUAGAAAUUCUCAAUAGGACACAUUUACUGUAAUGUUCAAAUGAGAACACAUUGUUGGCCUACAAGUAAAAAAAACUGUCAUGUAGCAAAAGCUUUUCCUCCCAUGUGGCUAAAUGGUAUCUGUGGCUGUGCCAAGGCCAGGAGACUGGCUCAGACAUCAGCAGUUACUCUGGAGAACUCUGCAUGGAAGUUAUAUUUAAAAAAGCAAAACAAACAAAGUAAAGGGUUGGAAUGAA